AUGGGUGCGGCGGCUUCUGCAGGGGUGCGCACCUCCGGAAAAUUAAGUCCUACGCGGUGGUUCAUUAACGACGAACUUAAGGAUCCCAAAAAUAUUAUGUUAGAAAGUGCUCGCAAUGGAAAAGAAAAUGAAUUGUUACUAGUUUUAGAACAGGGAAUGGAUCCAAAUGAAAGGGAGUCGCCAUUUUCAGGGUAAGAGAUGCCACUGGAACUUUUAUGUGUUCGGUCAUUGUAGUUAAUCCACUGAGAAAGCUCUCAGCACAAGAUCAACAUUUGCUUUUUAAUAAGCCAAUCUAAAAGUAGAAGGUAAACGCCCUAUAAGGGAUUCCAAAUUACGGAUCUUGCUUUACUCAUACUAUACUUGUAAAUAGUGAUGUUGACUUCUGGUAUGAGCAUUUCUCUCGCUCGCUAUUUUUCACAGUCCCGAUCAUAUUUCUCGAUAUUUUCAUCGUUCAUAUUGGUGAAUAUGGUAAAACUUGAAGGUUUUCUAUGAAAUUGUUACUCAGUGAACAGUUUUUGGUUUACUUAUAGUUAAUAUACACAUGAUUUCUGAUAUAUUUAUUGCUUCCUUUAAAGUUUAAGAGCAAUACAUUUCGCAGCCCGUCAUGGCCACCUUAAUUGCCUUCAAAUCCUCAUAGAAAAUGGCGCAGAUGUUACUGCCGAAGACUUCUAUGGCUGGCAAGCGAUACACGAGGCCUCACUGUACGGACACGCUGAAUGCCUUCAACUACUGUUGGAAAAUGACGCCAAAGUAGACGCCGCGGCAUUCAACAACAACGGGCCAAAUACGCCUCUUCAUUACGCUGCCAGGCACGGUCACGUGAGCUGCGUGAAGUUGCUACUUAACAACGGUGCUGACUGGAAGAGCUGCAACAAGUAUGGGGAGACUCCACUGCAUUGUACCGCCAUGCGAGGUCAUGUGGAAUGUAUGCUGGCACUUGUGAAUGAAGGUAUUAUAUAAACACUACGUCGAAGAGGAGUAAGGUUUCCUUUAAGUAAAUUCAAGGGAUAAUAUCGGAUAGUAGGUAGCUCACUACAACCUCUAAUUUCAUUGAAUCUUCGAUAGCACGCAACUCGUCUGUUUUUGUUGUUGUUGUUGUUGUUGUUGUUGUUCUAAGGCCUAGGGUCCACUUUUACUGUUCAUUUGUUUAUUGUCUCAGCCAAUGCUGUGAGGCCUUGUAAGAGGAUAUAACUAAACAUACAGCAUUAAUAGUUCUGACGUCGCCUGUAACACUUCCAGCUCUGUUGUUAACUAAAAUAAAGUUAAGAAAACACAGUUCACGCUGGCAAAUGGAGGACAUCAGCACUUUUCUGAAGUUGACGUGAAGAGAUGAAGAAAAUUAACUGAUUCAUAAAAUAGAUCUUAUGUUUAAUAAACAAGUAGUUUGUGUGCGUUAAGUUCGUGGCUUGAACAAGUACUUGGGGCCCAAAAUGAAGGAAAUCGCAUUUCUCAGUCAGGGGUAGUAUACCCGGAGCCCCUCUCACUCAUCUAGAAGAUCAUCCCUUUGGUGUGAGUCAAAUGAAGCAUCCUCUUUGGAAUCGAUACAUUGUGAACAUAGCUGUACCUGAUAUACAAAAUGUUGUUAUCUAGGAGCUGACAUCAACGCACAGACGCGUGACGGACUAUCUUCUGCGUACUUCAGUGUGUUCUGUGGCCAUUCUUCCUACUUAAAAGAACUUAUAAAACACGGAGUGGACCUCAAUUGCAAAUAUAAGCAACCACAGCGCACUUUAUUGCACUAUGCUGCAGAGGCGGGACAAAAUAAGGUGCUAAAAGUGCUUCUUAGAAAACAAGCAAACGCGGAAAUACACGCUGGUGAACGAAGCUUAACACCUCUGCAUCUAGCCGUACGAAUGGGGCAAGAAAAGUCCACGGAAUUACUUUUAAAAUUUGGCGCUGAUGUGGAAGCUAGGUCUCUUAAAGGAUAUACUCCUCUUCAUCACGCCUCUCGUUGUGGAAAACACGAAAUCGGGAAGUUACUUAUUGCGAGUGGAGCUAAAGUGAACGCCAUAUCAGGUUUGGAUAAGCACUUGCUUGCCAUGUGUAUUCGGGGGGCGGAAGAUUUUUUCGCUAGUAAUAUCUUCUCGACGAAGGAAGGUGUCAUUCAGCCCUUACAUACUGUGCUAGCAACUUGUGGAUGAGCUCAUCAAUAAUCAUAUUGCUCACUAAAACGAGUUAUUUGUUAAAACAAGAACCAAUUCCGGGGGGCAGGCGUAAAAAAGGGAAAAGGGAGGAAGGGGAACUGUAGAUAACAUUCACGAAAAAAUCAACCGGCCGCAGACUCAGUUUUGGGUGGGUCAUUUAAACGAAAUCUAACUUAGGCCUCCAGAUCUCUUUGUUAAGGGGUUAAUUUAAGAGCAAAUAGGUACUUUCCCAGUCUACGCAGUAUGCUUUAGUGAAAUUGUUUACGAUAAAUGGUGUUCCGAUAAAAGCAUUAAGUACUCGGAAAAUGGUUUUCAACGCGGUUUUGUUGAACACGUGCUAAAUUAGAUUCCGUUUAAAUAACUAGCCCUUAGAGUCUAACACUGACAAAGGCGACAAUCACAUCAACGAAGAAAAAUAGAAAGGGCGAGGGGAAGUGAAGGAGAAGAGAAUCAUCAUAAGGAGCGGUAUUAUUCCUGCGGGGCGACAUUUCAUAACUGCUGUUCUGUUUUAAUUUAUUGCCAAUUUAAACUGAGUUGAAGGUGGAAAAAUUGCAUGACGAACAGUACAAAUUCAGAGUACCUUAAGAGAAUUAGAUGUGAGCAACUGAAAAAAAGAAGACAAAAGUUCUGUGCAUUUUGACAUCUUUGUUAAGCUCAUGUCUCUGGAAAGCAAAAGUUGCUAAGUUCGCUUGUAGCUUACAAAGUUGCUUUAAAACAGUUCUCGAUUCUUUAAGGACCAAGAGAAUUGCAGACGACUAAAAUUUCGCCACAAGGAGACAGUUUUUUGGUGGAUUUGUUACUUACAACUUGACAACAGUGGUGGCGCUUUUUAUAACUGCAAUUGAAGAAAACCGUUUUCGGUCACUUUGUUGAAAUUUGCUACACUACAAAAAUUCCGUCGCCUGUUAUUUUGGAGUGAAAAAAAAAAAAACCUGGAUUAAGCAAUUUUUUAUACUACAAAUAAGCCCAAUGCCACUCUGAAAAUGUUCUACAAAAAGGGAUACGUACUACGCUAUUGAGCCAGGAUUAAGGAAGGACAUUUAUUGGCUACUCUUUGAACUAAUGUACAGAACAAACGAUAAAAACAGCAGCGCCUCCAGAAUUGUUUUCUUUCUUUUUCAGAUGAGGCCCACGAGACGCCAUUACACAUGUGUGUUCAAAGAAACGACAUUAAGUUUACAAAGAUGUUAGUAAAGGCAAAUGCUGAUCUCAACAUACGAGAUAAGAGCGGAAAUAGACCAAUAGACAUCAAGAUUGAAAACGAGGACGUAACCAACAUCUUACAGGCCGCCAUGUUUGAGAAAGACAGACUCAAAAAGACACUUUAAACUGACUUUAUUUUCAUUUUUAAAACCUAACGAAUGAAGUGAAUUUUCCACUGCUCGACAGUGCAAUUGGGUAACAAAGAAGAGGAACGACUCAUUCCUCUUUUCACUACUCUAGCCACUCACUCGAAAAAGUUAAAUUCAAUCUCCUUUUAAAGAUAAUUUCGUUAAUCCUCUUGAUCCUAUUACUGUUUAAGAAUAGUAAAAAUAUAUGGAUUUUAAACCCAAUAAUGGAUUUAAUAAAAAUUUGACAAAAAUACUAAUUUUUUCAAAAUUCCGCCCACCUAUAUGUAUCUUUANGCCACUCUGAAAAUGUUCUACAAAAAGGGAUACGUACUACGCUAUUGAGCCAGGAUUAAGGAAGGACAUUUAUUGGCUACUCUUUGAACUAAUGUACAGAACAAACGAUAAAAACAGCAGCGCCUCCAGAAUUGUUUUCUUUCUUUUUCAGAUGAGGCCCACGAGACGCCAUUACACAUGUGUGUUCAAAGAAACGACAUUAAGUUUACAAAGAUGUUAGUAAAGGCAAAUGCUGAUCUCAACAUACGAGAUAAGAGCGGAAAUAGACCAAUAGACAUCAAGAUUGAAAACGAGGACGUAACCAACAUCUUACAGGCCGCCAUGUUUGAGAAAGACAGACUCAAAAAGACACUUUAA